AUGUCAAACACGAGUCAAGACCUUGCCCAUAACAAGGAUAUCGAAAAUUUGUCGACUAUUGGACCAAUAUUGGCUAGGUGCGAUCGACGCCUGGUACAAAGAUAUAAAAGUGGCAGGAACCAAGAGAAUGGUCAACCACUUGGCGGGGCUACUAAUAGCGGUGUAAGAUUUGCUCGUAUUAUCGAGGAGUGUGGUCACGAAGAAAAUUAUCCCCCAAAGGGCUAUGUGGGUAUGGCGGAAACAAGAAGAGUUACUGCAGAAAGAGAUGAAUAUAACAAUAACUUUGAUGGUGGGGAGACGAGAAAAAGGCAGAGCGUCUAUACAAUUUACGCGACCACGGCUGCAUCCCAUCAAGUCUUUUUGUUGGCUGGUGAGGAAGGAACAGAGGAAAGCCAGAAUACAGAAUGGGUCUUGAAGAUUUUAAUGAAGGAGCUGGAAAAAUAUGAAGAUGUACUGGAUCAUGAUUUAGAGGAUAUGUGUUUUUCAGACUAUCUACUUGAUGAAACUGCUUGGGGAGAUAAUAUUUCUUCUGAGCACUCCAAACGGCGGCGUCUGGAAACAAAAACCCUUGCUAUUGAUUUUGACAAUGGAGAUCUUACUGCUGCUAGUCCAAGUUUACAACAUAAGCAACGUGCAGUAAGGGUUGUGACAAAAGUAUUGCUCCUAGAAACCAUGCCUCAAGUGUCCCAGAAAUUUGCCGAACACUAUCAACGUCUAUUUCCUGAUCGCUUGAGAAAGUUCCCUCCAAAUGAACCCGAGAUCAUCCUGAUUACAGAAAGCAGAGAACUGGAAUAUGGUUUGCACCAUUUACGGUAUGAAGCCGAGUCUUUAUUCUGGGCUCUGCUAUUCUGGUACAUGACCGCUCAGCCACACCACCCGCCUGAAUGGGAGGCUGCAGUCGAUAAACGGUUCAAAAAGAUAUUGGGGCACAAUGAUUUGGGGUGCCUUGUCGACGUUGAUGAUCGUCGCGACCUUCACUUCAUCUCAGAUUUCCUACCAGCAUACCUACACCCUGGCUACUCGUCACUUCCCGGCCUUUUGAGCCAAAUGGCUGAGCAGUUUAUCGCCGAUCCUGACUACUCCUA